AUGAGGACAGAAUGCAGUUGGUCCUACGCCAGUUAGCAUUGGAGCUAACUCCGCAUUAAAGACGGGCUGUUUUUUUCGUUUUCACGCUUUUAAAUUACAUUUAAACUUAAAUUGAACUUCACCAAGGAUUGUUUUUGUCUUCAAGGAGCAGGGGUAUCAUGUUGCAUUCUAUCUGCCAGUACCUGUGUAGCUCCUUUCUGUGGUUCUGGAUGAAAUGGUUUCUCAGACAGAUCACAGGAAAAUGUGAGCUGCAGCGGAUCUGCCAGGGAUAUGAGCCCGGAGCGGCUAGGACAACAAGAAUAGAAAUCUCCCUGAAAUCUUCAAAAAACAAGGUGCUGCAAGAUGCUGUGAACGCGAAGGAAGAUGCAGUGGAGGGCUGUGUGACACAAAUUGUGAAAGAGAAGAGCAUCAAAGAGCAAAAAGAUCCCAAGUUUAAGGCGAAUCUUCAUCAGUGCCUCAUACAAAUAAGUGGUUAUAACACCUUGUUCGUGACGGUCGAAGAGCUAAGAAAAGAGGUGUUUGACUCGGAAAAUGAAGAACACGAGAAAAUGCUUCUUAAGUUGUGGGAUUUGCUGAUGCCAUCCGUUAAGCUGGAAUCUCGAAUCACCAAGCAGUGGGGCAACAUUGGCUUUCAAGGUGAUGAUCCAAAGACUGACUUCAGAGGGAUGGGGAUGCUUGGCCUGGAAAACCUUGUGUUUUUCAGUGAGAAUUACACUAAAGCAGCACGGCACGUCCUGUCCCAUGCCAACCACCCCUCACUUGGGUACUCUUACGCCAUUGUGGGUAUCAACCUAACCGAGAUGGCCUAUAGUUUACUGAGGAGUGGUGCAUUGAAGCCUCAUUUCUACAAGACUGUGGCAGGGAAACCACACAUUCACCACUUCCAACAGUUUUACUGUUUCCUUGCAUACGAGUUUGAUAAGUUCUGGGUGGAAGAAAAGCCUGCAAGCAUCAUGGAGUUUAACAUCUACAGAGAGAAGUUCCACGACAAGGUGAAAGGGUUCCUGCUAGAGCCGGAUGUCUCCCUCGUUCUAAAAAUCGAUUCAAAUAACUUCCCUGAUGACUGAGUUUUUGUUCUCUGACCGUCUAAAAGAAAAUUUUGACUGAAUAAUAGCUUUUAAGCACAUCCCUCUCUAUGCUUCCUGUUUUUAAAAACAGUAACACGUAGCAGAUUUACAAACCUCAGAUCAUUCCUGAGCACAAUACUCUACAGCUCAAUUGUUUUCACCUAAUAGAGUUUUUAAUUUUGGACAUAAUUAAAACGAACAAUUCUUAUCAUACUUGAAAUUUGAGUUAUAUUUAUGGUUCCUGUUUGUUUCCUUAGUGUUCAUCUCAGGAAUUUGAUAUUUACGACGAUACGGAAAAUCGUAUAUGAUCCAAAUGAAUCUCGUUUGUUAAAUUGUCUUGCACAUGGACAAUUCAGUCUGUUUUUGCAUGUUUUAAUGCUUUUUGUUGCUAAUACAUUCACCCCAACAAAAUGCUAAUAUAGCUUUAUGACAUAUAUUAAUGGUUAAUGUAUUUGAUGUGUUAUUCUGUGAUUAGUAACAUUGAAAACACUGUAUGGUGCUAGUGUUCAAAUUAAAAUCAUAGUUUGGCUUAAAAUGAAA